AUGGUGAAGAACUUCAUCACUUUUGCUGCCUUCGCUGCUGGCACCAACGCUCUCGUUGGCCGCAGUGACAGCUGCUGCUUCCACCUCACCUCCUCCGGUGGUGCCUCCGGCGAGGUUGGCCAACUGAGCGAUGGCCAAAACCGCAUCGGUGACAACAGCCUGUCGCCAGCUCAGUUCUGCAUCAACUCCAGCGGUGCUAUCACCGACUCCAACGGCCGUGGUUGCAUUCUCACCGCUCCCACUACUCAGCUCCAGUGUGACGAUGGUGCAUCUCCCACCACUGGCUUCUCCAUUAACUCCCAGGGUCAGCUUGAGUACUCCAGCAACACUUCGUUCGUGGCCUGUGCCACGGGCCAGAACGGGGGUCUCAACAUCUACACCAGCCCCUCACCGUCCGAUGUCACCGGUUGCGUGGACGUGAAGUUGACUGCCGACACCUGCUCCAACUCGGGCGCUGGUUCCGGCGGCUCGUCAUCAUCUGCUAGCGCUGCUCCCUCUUCCGCCGGCCCCUCAGGCGCCCAGUCGAGCCCUUCUGCUCCAGCUUCUCAGUCCACCCCUGCUGGCUCUGCCCCUGCCUCCGGGUCCACUCCCGCUUCCGGCGGCGCUGGCUCGCAGCCCACUGGCUCUGCUCCAGGUGCCUCGGCCGCUCCCUCCGGCCCUGGCGGAGGAGCAGGCUCUGGUUCUGGCUCUUCUGCCCCUGCGGCCUCGGCCCCCUCUGAGUCACCUCUCUCCGGCUCUCCUGUCACUGUCGUGAAUACUGUCACCGUCACUGACUGCAGCUGCACAGCCAGCGCCCCCGCUGCUGGUGGUGGCUCAGGCCAACAGUCCUCCGGUAGCAUCCCUGCUCCCUCCGGUGGCGGCGGUUCGCAGCCCAGCGGUUCCGCCUCUGCCCCCUCUGGAUCUCAGCCCUCUGAGUCGGCUACUGCUCCCGCGCCCUCUGGCAGCGCUGGUGGCUCGCAGCCCAGCGGUUCCGCUAGCGCCUAUGUCCCCGGCAGCUCUGCUUCUUCUACACCGACCACUGGCACCUCCACCACAGCUUGCCCUGCCUCUCUCACCUCCGGCAGCUACGAGACUCCUCACCUGAUCAUCCCCGUUGACUCUUCCUCGCCCGACACUGCCGCUGGCACUUCAUACAACGGUACCGUGACCUCCACCAUCUCGACCGCAUUCAAUUUCGACAUCCCCUCCUCCGACGCUGGAAAGACUUGCAGCCUCGUCUUCCUCUUCCCUGAGCUCCAGGACCUCGAAACUUCCUCAUUCACCUUCAGCGGUGACGGCAAGAUCGAUUUCGCCCAGCUUUCUUCUGCUGUUACUGAGUCCACUACCUUCAACAACCUUCCCUCCGUGUCGCAAGACUUCGGCGAUAUGACCGUCUCCCCUGGUGGCGCCUCCAUUGUCGCUACCUUCGCUUGUCCUGCCGGACAGUCCGUCGCCUUCGAGAUGAAGAACUCAGGCACCACCAACCUCAACUUCUUCGAGGACUGGAACCCCUCUCCUAUCGGUCUGUUCAUUACCACCUGUUAA